UUAUACGCUCAGUGUUGAAAAGAAACAAUGGCUCGUGCAUCUAAAAGACUGGCUUUGUUUCUUUGUCUGAUUGUUCUUCAUCAAGACUUCAUUCAGGCUCGUUCCAGUUACAAUGGGCAUCUUGUUGUAUCUGCUCGAAUGAUGCAUGAAGAUAUGGAUGAUGAAGCUCGCGAAUUUGGAAACACUAUACAAGAUGUGGAGGCUCGACACAAUAUCACUCUCAGAUCAGGAAUUGGACGACAACUCAACAGAGGAAGAAGAUUUUUUGGUCUUUUCAUAUUCAUCGUCAGUUUGAUAGUAACAGUUGUUGCCACAGUAGUCGAGACAGUCUACGAUAUCGCAGGGUGCUGUGGUAUUGGGUUUAGCUAUCUUUGUGGAUUUGAGGCCAACUUUAACAGAAAAAGGGACAACGUGAAAAGACGUUCUCGACAAGUCGACAAAGACCUUGAAGCAGUAUUGGCAAAAAAAGAUACUUUGGAAGGAUUUGGUAAAGUGCUACAAAAUCUAUGGGGAGGAAUUAAUAAUUUGGUAAAACUCGAAGAAAGACUACUUGGCUCAAUCGAUGCAGCAGUUAAAAACGCUCUCAUAACUAAGGAAAAGGAAGUCAGAGAUGGCAUAACCGAAUCUCAAGGGCAACUUGACAAGUCAGACAUUGACGURUCGUUUCAAAAAUUGAGUGAAGUACAAUUGGCAAUUCAAUUGUCUACAUCUUGGGUGGGUUUAGCAAUUGAAGGUGGUGCUGGGAUUGCUGCUAAAGCAUACAAAUCUUACAAAGUCAACAAGGCUUAUAAAGCAAUGAAAGCAACAGAACUUGAUAAACUACUUAAAGCAUCUCCACAAGCUAAAAAGCUCCUCGGAUUCACUGAUGAUACAGCAAAGUUGUUCCUAAAGAACACUGCCAUCGCAAAAUAUGCUGGUAAAGCUAAAUCUGUUCUAAAAGGACUUAAAAUUUUCAAAGCUGCUGGUACAGUACUGUCAGUUUUAAGCAUUGCUUUCGAUUUGUUCAACAUUAUCAACACCUUCGUCCAGUGUGCAAAGAAACGAGACAAGGCACAGGAAGCUUGCCGUAAGGUUCAAGAUGCUGAAAACAAAGUAUCACAAACAGAAACAAGCGUUAGAUCGUUUGAAACGACCUUGAGAAAUGGGCUGGAAGCUCACAUAUCAAAAGAGGUGAAAGAUCAGGAGAUGGUAGAUGCCUUGGAACACGUAAAAGAAACGAUCGAAAAUAAUCCUCCACCAAAUAAUGGACAGCCACAGAGAGCAUGGGCAGCAAAGUGCAUUCGAAUCAUCCCAGAAUACAGUAGGGCGUUUAAAACCAGCAACAAUUGGAAGGAUUUGAAAAGUAAAAUGCAGGAAAUCAUUGAUAAUUGCCUAUCAAAACAAGAAUAUGCCUACAAGUGUUUGAUUUCUAGAAACCAGAUGACUGAAAAAAUUCUAAAAGGGUGUCAAAGGGGAGAUAACUCCUUCGAUAACCUUCACGACGCUGCUGAAAGACUGGAAGGCSCUACCAUCAGCCAGUGCCGAGUGAAUGGUGAGCCAUUCACGACAAAACAGAUGUUUAAGGAAGCCUUAGUAGAGCGAAGUAAGGUUCAAGGCCUGGAGUUCUACACUGAGAAUUGUAGAAUGAAUAGCAAGAUAGUCCAACAAGACGUGUGCGAUGGUGGUUCUCCAACAGGUAUAACACCAGAUCAAAAAUCCAAAAUUCUACAAGACAAGUGUGAAGGAGGUAAAGCACCUAAGCUCAACGCCGAGGUAAUCCAAGAGAUCUGCCUUUAUAAGGCUGCUCAAAUGAGUGCGUCCGUGAUCAAGCCAUUCUUAACCGGAAAAGUUUCAGACAUCACAGAAGAAGACAUCAAUGGAGUACAGUGUCCAGGAGCAAAAUAAAAAAAAACUAGAUAAACUUCAAAAUAGAUAAUUAAGAAACAGUAAAUAGUUUAUAUAGCUCAUUGUAAAAUAGCACAGAAGUGAAAUAUAUACGCUGUAAAGCACAACCUCUUUAGUAUGCAUUUGAAUCUUAUAGUUUAUA